GCCAGCAUCUCGACCUCCACCAUUUUUUUUCAGUUACAAAUAUGUCAUCUUUCUGUUCUUCAUUUAGAGUUUCAAUGAUGCUUCUUGUUCUACUACUAGCAAGCUCUUUAAUGGCUGCCUCUGCAGCAAAUUUAGAUCAAGAUUUCGUCAUCACAUGGGGCGAUGGCCGUGGUAAAAUGCUCAACAAUGGGCAGUUGCUAAUGCUGUCUCUUGACAAUGUCACUGGCUCUGGGUUUGAAUCUAAGAAUCAAUAUCUAUUUGGAAAGUUUGAUAUGCAGAUCAAACUCGUCCCUGGGAACUCUGCUGGCACUGUAACCACUUUCUAUCUAUCAUCUCAAGGAGACAAUCAUGAUGAGAUUGAUUUUGAGUUCUUAGGAAACUUGAGUGGAGACCCAUAUACUCUCCAUACAAAUGUAUUUAGCCAAGGCAAAGGAAACAGAGAGCAGCAGUUCCAUCUGUGGUUCGACCCAACUAAAGAUUUCCACACUUACUCCGUCCUCUGGAAUUCCCAACAAAUCAUUUUCAUGGUGGACAACAUUCCUAUCAGAGAAUUCAAGAACAGAGCAUCUGAAGGAAUUCCAUACCCUUAUAACCAACCCAUGAAGAUCUACACUAGUCUCUGGGAUGCUGAGCAGUGGGCAACUAGAGGAGGGCUUAUUAAGACUAACUGGACUGAAGCACCAUUCAAUACUUAUUAUAGAAACUUCAAUGGGAAAGCCUGUGUGGUGUCUUCUAGUGGUGUUUCUUCUUGUGAUUCAAGGACAGCAAGUGCUAAUGCUGUAUCUGAUAACUCAUGGCAAACACAACAGCUCGACUCAAAAGGUCAAAAAUAUCUCAGAUGGGUUCAGAAGAAUUACAUGAUUUACAACUACUGCACAGAUUAUAAGCGAUUCUCUAAUGGUCGCCCAAGAGAGUGUAGACGUUCUAAGUCCCAUUAGAUUGAGAACUUUCACAUUCUAUUACAAGUGAUGUUAAUAUUAUAAAUUCCAUGAUCAUUCUUUUAUUUAUCAAAU